AUGCGCCUUAUCUUCGGGCUCUGCUGUCUCCUGAUGGCGUUCUGCCUCUCUCAAUCGACAGUUCAGGCUGUGAUUACAGAAGGCAAUUGCGGCAAGUCGAAACUCAAUCCAAAAAAGUCUGGUUCGUCCAAAAAGAAGCCAACGCCUGGAAACGGACCUUUGCAGCUGUCUACAGGCCGUCAUCGGGCAGAUAAGCGCACCUGUUAUGAUGCGACAUUCUACAUGAAGUACGCUCUUUCAUUUCCUCUGGCGGGCCAUUGCAGAAUUCUGUCGAUGGAUGAUCCCGCAUUCCUUGCUCGCAAACAUGCCUGCAGUUCCGAAUGUCACCGUGCAGAGUCGGACAAACAGCUCGUCAAAGAACAGUACGACAAAAAAUUACGGGGCUAUAUGGGCUGCUUCCGAAGAGCCGCGGAUGUAGACGAGGAUUACACAAUCGAGUCUACAGCUACCAUUCAAGCUGGGAGCCUUUGCUUUGUGACUUGUACAUGCACAAUGCUGAUCCGUGUUCAUCGCAUCUGGAUGCCAAGAGCCUGGAAUCGAACUGAUCACAGUGUGUUUGAAGAAUUCUCCCCAAAUACACCACUGGCUGAUUGGAUUCGGGAAAAGGAUUCGCAGUGGCGGCUUCAACCAAAAAGUUGUCAUCCAGAGUACAUCCUGAAAACAUUUCCCGACAUGUCGAACAGUCUCUUCAGUCGGCCGUGGAUUGUUGACAGCAAGUACGAUAUCCACGGUGAAAACCUCGAUUGCAAACUGAAAAGGCCUGAUCAUCUCAGAAUGUGCCGAUGCCCAAAGUUUUGCCCCUACAUGCGUAAAAACCAUGUGCUUCAAUCGACAUGCCCAUCUGAUUGGCGCUUUAUCCUGGGUCACUCAGAACCAGCGUUUAUCACACAGGGUGCCCGAGCAGAAGACCAGCGAUGUUGUGGGAAGGAGCAAAUCUAUGUUUGCAGGUCUUCAUCGACUACGAAUGACGCGGUUGGUGGUUCAGCUGCAAGCUCAGACGUGCAGCCAAUCAAUUCGAUGGAGGACAUGGCAGGUUGCAUGCCAUUGAACUUUACGACAAACUGUAUUGAUCACUUGCAGGGCCAGGCAGGAAGCUUGCCGCCGGAACAAUGGACAGAUUGUGUCGAGUACAUGAAUGACAUGACCGCGGGAGUAUGCCUGUCGUUGAGAGAACUGACAGAUUGCGUCAAUUUCAUGAACGAAGAAAGGUCUUCUCCUCAUCACUCAUCCGGCAAUGGUGCGCUUCCUUCGACAAGUCACUCCAGCACAUCGACGCAAAAUGCUCCAGCUGCAGAGGAAGACAUCUCGAUCCAUUACUGCUAG